AUGGUUGACACAUAUGAUGUCACUGGAGCUGCUAGAACCACACGGCCACAAUCAGCUCUUUCACAUACUGGAAGACCAACCACUAGCUUACGAACACAACACAUCUCGUCAAACACAACUCCUAACACUGCUAUUAUAGGGUCCCGGGCCCAACGUCCCAGCUCGGCCCAGACACCGCCCAACCCCGCUGCCAAGCUUUACUCGUCACCUCCACCUAUGGGUGCGCAGCCGCCUCUCAAACCAGUCGGAUCCACAGCCGUGCCCCCACUUGUCUUCGGGGAGCGUCUCAAUCAAGUCUCCACUGGCUCUCUACUUCUUCCCUUAGAACGCUGCUACGACACUGCUAUUACAAAGAGAAAGGAGCGAGAUAGCUCGGCAGGUAACGGCCCUCAGGCUUUGCUGGGCCCGGUAGGCCGUUUGGUUUCAUCUAAAAGGCUGUACACUAAAGCUGCACAAGAAACAAACCAACCACCCGGUGCCUCAGCAACAGGCCAGUCUCUUCGCCUUCAUGACGUUGGCUCUGAGCCCACGCAGCAGUUUUUAUCCCAGUACCAGCUUUCUCCAGAGCGCUAUCGACGCCAAGAUGCUCAGAAAGCAUUAGAGUCUUCUCCACUUUGCACAGUUGACAUUUAUGGACGUGUCAGUCGUGACAGUAUUGCUUCUGCAUUACUCGGAACCAAUGCAGGUCACGUUGAUGAAAGUGAGAUAUUAGAAGAUACGUUGAGAGUUACACCUCUUAGCUCAGGGGUCCUUCGAAGGCCGACUAGUACCACUCAGCUUACCUCCAGGAUCCGGCGUGAACGCACCGGGGGCACUGCAGACUCGUCAUACGGUGAUAGACUGACCUUCACAGGUGCCCAAAGUGGUCCAUCAGGAGACAAUCCUCCAGAGCUAGCACUACAGCGACGUAUAGAGGAGUUUAAGCGCACAGGAAGAAAAUCAGAGUUUGUGGUCGAUCCUGGGCAGCUACAGGGCUGCAAGCUGUAUGAGCAGAACAGUAAGAUGGCGCUGGACGCGGUCCGGCCCAGCACAGCGCUUAGUAGCUACACUAGAGGCUUAAACAAGAAAUAUAAGUUUACUGGCAAGAUACGCAGUGCUAGCGAAAUGGGGUACUCUAGCAGCAUUUCAGGUACUGCAGAUCAUAGCGGAUCACGAGGACAGGACGCCUUGGAAGGACCGGACGAAAAGCUGUCCCAAGGGAUUAAGAAAAUUACACGGUCUAUGUCAGAUUGGGUGAUUAAAAGCCGAGCAGGCUCUGCAUCCAGUGCAUCCCUCAGAAAAACAACUAAAUCGGCUAAACAGGAUCUCAGCUCAGCAACUCCUGUCCCCAUUCACGCACCAAGCAACGAUGCGCUACAGCAAGCUGCUACCCUUCCAACAGAGGAGUGUGCAGAUGGCUCUGCUGACCCACUGACAAAAGCUAUUAUCGAGAUAGACGCAGUACUUCCAAUCUUUAAGUGUAUUAAAGAACGCGCGGAGAUUGAGCGUAUCAUCUGCCAAGAUGUUAAUGGCGAGCAAGUUAUAGCCGACUCUGCCACAGGGCAUUCCGUGCACGGGUCCCCAGGAGGAUUACGAAAGUCGAGCUUCUCUACCAAAUUUACAGAGUCCCCCUUUCAACUGGCCAAAGGUUACUCUCAUAACCAAAAGUUUGAUAUUUGCAGGGAGCUCCGUAACUACUUUAAGAAUUUGGAUGGCGAUCGAAGCUCUUUUAGCUAUACUACUUCCUACGAACUCAUGAUGUAUGCAGAAACCUACUACACGGGCCUUAAGACUCAGUACGAGGCCUUUCUUAACGCCUCUCCUGAGCUUAUUGCAAGUGGACUCAUGCAAUCCGAAUUUAUUUAUCUUACAUAUGAUAUCCCCUCUGUCCGCCAAAUGAUUUUAAGUCAUGCUGAAGUAGGUUACACUGCCGCCGAUGCUUUUGCCAGAGGGCAAAUCUCAUCAGACACACCGUCUGGGAGAAAAACUCCUCGCAGUCACUCCUCCGUUGAGAAUGUACAUUGCCCAGCGGCUGCUUGUGACGUGUCACAGGUCUACGCACAAUCACAUCCAUGGCAGAACCCAUACGAGCUGCUGGUCUGUGCAUAUCACCAAAUCAACCCAGAUCGGUACUUUACUCUUUCUUGCAACGGUAUAUGCUAUCAGGAGCCAGCCACUAAGACAACACAGCUUCUAAGCAUCGCUGAUUGGGAAAGGGAGCGCAGAUACUACCUCGAGUUACGGAGGAACAACUUUUUCUCCACCUUUAGGCAGCGAAAGUACUUGAGCCUCUGGAAGCACAGCAUAGCGACUACAGCUCGUAAUAAGUCCAUUUCGGCACUGACACGCUCCAGCCUUUUGGCCAGUAACGUCUUCCUGGGCCCGCUCCAGGAAAUUCACAGUUUGUGCUACCAGUUUUCAUUAGAGCUCCGCUUUGUUCCCUUUAAGAAGUACUGCUUUGAAUUUCUUCCAACAUACUUAACCAGAUUGGGCCUGGAUAAAAAGAGAGCAGAGGCUUUGUACGUAACUAUGACCAAUGUUCCAAGCACCAUAACUCUCAAGCAGUUCGUAGUGGAGUCGCGCAACCGGAUCACUGCCGUCAAGUCUCUUCUGGGCAACUAUAUUACAACGAUCUCCGAAAUCCUUCUAGUGCUGGGAAAGCAAGUGCAGCAGCAGGUCCAUGGUCGUAUCAUUCAGCAGAGUGCAUCAGAAAGCGCUUCUUCGUCUGGAGUUUCUAGCGCCAAAGCGCAGCAACAAGUCGGCCCAGCGUCUGUCAAGGGUCGUUCUGAUGUUAGUCACGAUUCUAAAAAGGCGCAGAAGCGCAAUUCGAAAGCAAUACUGUCUACGCUAUCGAGCUAUUCCGUAUUUAACAUGUCUAGAGUGCGGGCAAUGAUUCGUCUGGUCGAUUAUAUGAUGGUUAAGUUCAUGCUUGAACUCUUACUUCAAGCAAAUGACGAUCUAAUGGAUUUAUUUUUCGGUGUGCCAUGCAUCCCCCGCGAACAAGAAUCAACGGCGCCCCAGAGCAUCCGGGAGUUGACACAAGAAGAUCUCAACUUGCUCCAAGAGGAUGGUGGGCGCAGACUCCUUAUAAACCCGCCAAAGGUCCAAAAAUACUUAGCACAAGGAGCUGAUAAGCAAAAGAAUGCCUCACACGAGGUGCUUCAUCAUCUAGAUAACGAAGCAAAGGCGACUGUGAAAAAAGACGACUACCUGCUUCUGAGUCAGUUUGUGAAAUCGUGCGCCAGCGAUUUAUCGCGUAUCGCCAGCGAGUCUGCUAAUGAUUUCCCAUUCAUUGAUUCCAUUAGAUUAGCUCGCUAUGUCAAGCUCCAAGAGACUUCCAUAGAUGGAGGAGGAGGAGACCAGAGUAUAGCGGCGUUACUUGUUGGGAAGAUAAAAAGUUCCAUUCUCGCUAAUCGUAAAGGAGAGGAUUCACUAGAUAUCUAUGAUGAUUUAGGACCCACUGCCCUAGCAAAGAAGAGCUCUGUAGAAAACCCCAUUCUGCAAAAGAAGCAGCAAGAGAAGGAGCAAAGCCUCACAACCAUUGACCUUCGUCAAGAGCGCAAUGAGGACAUUAGCCAUCUUUUGACGCAGAUAGCUGUGUUAGUUCCAAACACCGAGAGCGCUAUUAAUGUCAGGAAGUUCACGGGAGUUCCCCUGUAUAUCCUUGAUGGUAGGCUGCCGCCGGCACCCAUUUUCAAUAUCCAACUUAUCCUAACUAUGGAAGGCUUGUGCAUGUACCCGUCCCGUACUGACUUUAUCAAUUUUAUAGGAGACGUGUUGUCUGACUAUGCUACAUGUGUUCACCGGUCAAUCCGGCCCAUGAGCUUCGUGAAGCUUUCUUCCUUCUUUUCGGACAGUGGAGCUCACGCCCCGCUGGUAGGAAUAUCAAUCAAAGACAUUUUAGGUGAGUAUGGGGAGUAUACCAAUGGAAUAAGGGCGCUUAAGCAGCACCUAGAGCACGGAUGCGAUAAGAUUCGUGAGUAUGCCGUCGGAUUCUUGGAUCUUCUUGUGGGCGUGAGUGACUGCAUUAGCCGAUUGAGCGACGAAGGGCUUAUUCAACAGCUUAUGCAGCAAAAGGUUCCAAUUGCGUCACAUACCGUCAGCUUUACAACACGCGCUGCCAAACCAGUACUGAAUCAGCACUCUGAGGAGUCCGAGUCCUCUGACAAGAGCUUGCAGCUACUUACAGAAGAACACCCGGGCAUUUCAUACACACACCGGCGGGCUGCCGAAGAGUACGCAAACGACUAUGCAUUUCUAUGCCAGCUAGCUUCCGAAUUUGAUUUUAGGAUGAUGACCAAUUACGCAUUUCCAUCUAACGGUCUUGCAUCCCCUAUUGACGAAGUCCCAGAAAUGGAUGAAACAGCUCGCUAUCAGGCAGGUCUCCAGCAUUUAAACAACAGAACUGUACCUUUAUUGCCAGAAUCUGACAACUUUGUUAGAAGUGCAUUUCUUCGUUUGAUUACAGAGUUGAACCCAUAUUUAUUCAGGUCUCGCAUCGAUUCCAUUGAACACGUUGUUUUAUCUCUGACAAAGCUACGGGUCAAGCGAUGUAUCCUUUGCUUCCAGGUAGAUUCAACUCCGAUUGCUUCUGCGCUUCUGCCAAUCAUGAUAAAGCUCCUACAGUUUGUUAGGUUGUCUAUUCCCAAGACGAUUCUUAUUGUUGCCAAGAAUUGUAUCCACAAGAUAGGCUUUUACACUGCAGAGCUGAAGAAAAUACCAGAUAAAAGCUUCACCGCGAUGACCUUCAAUAAUGCCGCCUUAAGCGAUAUUGACUUUCUCAGAAACGAGGAGAUCACCACACAAGUGAUUGAUAAAGACAAGCUCUUGCAGACAAAAGACGUUCUGCAAUACUUUGAGGAGGCCAAAAUUGAGCAUAGGCUCUUUCAUGAGCUGUACAGGAAGUGUGAAGUAAUGAGCGAGCUUGCCAUUUACAAGAAUAUCAUUAGUGAUGCAGGUGCUGUAGAAGGGGUACAGGACUACUUUGAGAAGUUUUUCAAGUUCAAGGAGGACCCUAAUUGCAAUGAGGCAAUGAAAGAUUUUGAUAGAUCCCUGCAAAUGUUUGAUCUUUUGUUGGCCAGAUUUGCAGAUAAGCGCACUCGCCUUUACUCUGUCUUCCGUUACGACCUCAUUGUUCUAUUUUUCAAACUCCAGAGGCUUUGUUAUGACUCCCUCAAAGCAAUUCUAGACGUUGAUCAAAUGGUGAUCGGUUCUCAGUCCGCUGAGAAUGAUGAUGGUCAAAGUCUCGAAGACCCACUCAACGAGCACCCUGGUUGCGCAGACAUUUCUUCUAUCGGAGCAAUACGGACACCAACUGAACUCUUUUACUACUUACUUAAUCAAACCAAUCUAGAGGGGCCCGAUGUUUUCGAGGCUCCCAUUUCGACAGGCUCUGCUGUAUGUAGACACAGGUACGAGUUCUUUAUUAAUGCGCUUCAGGCCUCUAUGACCAUCGAUGAUGAAAGCCUGUACUUUUAUCAGUGUAUCCACCUGUUUGAAAGCACAGAAUUCUUUAUGCCGGAGGAGACUGUUAUAAGCUAUUAUUACAGAGAUGUUUAUUUGGGCGAGCCCGACACUCUCCACGAGGGAGAGGGCGUUACCAGCCGAUGCCCUGCAGACAAUAUCCAGGAGCCACAAAAGGAUGGCCCAUCUCCUAGUGGCUCACUCGAUCAGCCUGCCGUGAGCAUACAGCAGAUAGCUGAGGAGGAUGAUUUUACCACUGAGGCACUGGACCUUGUGCUCCAGUCGGCAAAAGAGAUAGAAGAACAACCCGGAGAACCCGUCCCCCAGCACAUCCGUACUGUCACUAGGAAGCUCUCCCCCACUGCUAUAGUCGAGUCUGAGUUUGUUAUUAGGGCAAUCAGACGGAUUGGUAAGAUCAGGCGGGACUUCUGGCUUUUCAUGCACGGAUUGAACCUCCUCAUUAAGAACGACUUUUCGAGGCCUCUUUGCAUGGUUGACUAUCCUUCUGUUGGGCGGAAGGUAAGAGCCAUUAAGCGUGUUUUUACGGGGUUAAGAGCACGGUUUCAAGCAAUCUAUGAUGAAGCUAAGUUCACUAGUAUUUGCAUGAAUCUGGGCGAAUUGGAUCUGAAAGCGCGAAUCACUGCCCAUCGCAUUGCUCAGAAAGCACAUCACGAUGAGCUGGCCUUUGAAAGCCAAAGGAAUGAUGCCCCUCAUGAAUCGCCAGAAGAGGACAUACUACUAUUAGAGGCUCUUUUCAGACCAUUCCUGGAAUCCCAUCUGCUUGAUCCUACAGUGAUUACUGACUGCGUGCUUGAGUGUUCCUAUGGAGAUAAUCACGAGGAGCCACCGACUUCUGUGGCCGGAGAAAUUAAUAGGACAGUCCUCAAAUAUCUGCUACUAAUAUACAAAGAGGUGGUUGCAGACCGGGCACUACUCGAUGAAAUGUUGCAUUCUCAAGGAAAGAUGCUUAAAAACGGAAAGAUAGUCAAGACAGGAGAGUUUUUACAUUCUCUGCGUCAAUCCCAACGCUCGAUGGGCAAGACUAUUAGUGACCAAUACGAACUACAAGGUAAGGGCAUACUUGGCUACCAUAAUGAUCAGCUUCCAGACGAUUCUGACUUUGAUUCGGCAGCUGACGAGGACAUCUCUCUUACCACAGAACUUCCAACUAGUACAGGCGUUAGCGUUAGCAUCACAGACGUGACAACCCUUGAGACCCGGGGCAAAGUCGUCAUACCCGCCUCUAUGGCUCAAAAUCUUGACAAUUACGAUCCAGAAACAGUCCUCGUUCAAUACAAAAAGCAGGACAGGAUAGAACCCUUACUAUAUAAUUUUAGCGAGUUUGAAGGAAUAGAUGACUUUAAGCGAAAUCAGCCUGAACCAACGAUGCUUGAGGCAAUUAAUUAUUACCUACAGCCUCCCUCCCUUCUCACACUAACAAUAGAGCUCCUAGAGAGAAUCGAGACUCUUUUGCCCCAAUUCAAGUUCAUUUCCUCGAUUGCAUUCCAGCCACGACAUUUCAAAAUGCUCACCCGUGAAUAUCUACGCUCACCCAAUUUACUUUUGGAAUACAAACUAAUGUCAUCCAGAUUUCUCAUGCUAGAACUGGACUACAAGGAGCUACCACUCUUUGAGAUUCUCUCCCCAGAGCAGCACAACGUUUACCGAGUCCUGUUCGGAUCAGAGUCCGAUAGCAUUGCAGAGCUUAUUAUGCUGAGCUCCAACAUCAUUGGGGGCAGCUCUGGCGCAGCGGGAUCACGAGCUCAACAAUCGCUUGAUCAUAACAAGAUUAUGCUCAAUUUAUACGCUAGCGUUGAAGAGGAUGACAAUGACGAGGACCUUUCAGACAGAGAGGAAGAGGCUGAACAACAAAACAUCAAGGCAAAGAUGUCAGGAAACUUUUCUCUCAGCGUUAGCACAGUUGCAACUCAUGUACAGGCAGUGCAGGCCAAAUACCUUGCCCACUUAGCUGCACGGAAGGCCUGGAUAACGAAAUCAGAGGCCUAUGUCAUUAGUGAGCAAUUUGGGGACGUCAGAAGCGAAAAGGAUGUGGCAGAUUCUAAAGUGCUGAUCUCGCAGAUGACAAAUUAUUCUUUCAUCCUUCAACGGCCCUCUAUUUAUAGCACCGAUAUGCUCUAUAACGUCUGCUAUAAGAUCUUUGGUUCUGAUGCAGAAAAGGAGGAAUAUUUCCGAAGAAGAGCCAAGAAGCGUGCAGAAAUUAGAUAUGGUGGCCUUUUUAUAGAAAUGGACCGCUUCACCGCUUCUAUUAAUCGCCUUGUAUAUCGCGGGAUUUUGGAGACGAGCGUCAUGAACAGCUUUCUCCUCUUUAUGCGCUCAAUUGAGCUCGAGUACAGCUUGCUUAGCAGUCUUUCCAAGCUGAAGCAAGAACUGGAUGGAUUGACAUUGCCACUUAUACCCUACACAGGAACCCUUUCUACAGAUCACGCCUCUCUCAGCCAGCAGGUCUAUCUGAUCACCUUGACCGACACUGUCGAAAACGUACUUAAUGAUGUCAAAACAGAGCUAAACACACUUGAAUCUCAAUUCAUGCGGCUGGGCGACAACCCUGCCAUGCGCGAACUUAUCAAUAUUAAGAAUACCUGCACUGUAUGCCAGGAUGCAAUUCUCAUCUGGGAUCUGUAUCAGCGAAAGUUCAUCGCUGUUCUACGCAUCUUUGCUCCAUCAAGCCCGAUUGUCCGCCAGCUGCCCGAGGAUAUGCGGACUUUCACCAAGCUCGUGAAGCACUACCUCUCGCUUAUGAAUUCUGUGGCAAGGACUCAAAAGGUAGCUGUGUGGUGUACAAAAGAUACAAUUCAUAGUAUCAUGGGAUGGCAAACCGAUCUCGAUGCCAUCUAUGCCAACAUUCUGAAGUACCUGGAUAUAAAACGCCGCCAGUUCAUGCGCUUCUUUUUCCUUUCUGAUAAUGAACUCCUAAUAGUUCUGAGUGCACAGGACGAGACGGCCCAUGGGGCGCCCUUUGAUCCAACUCUUCUGACCCGUACUCUUCAGAACUGCUUUGAGAAUGUGACGUCUCUUAUCUGCGAAACAAAGACUGAGCACGAUGUUCGCUCGCUCUACUUAAAGGGGGUACGGUCACGUGAGGGUGAAGCACUCAUGCUUAUGCAACCAACGUCCGAGAAGGACAUACGCAUAAGAGGGUCUCCUGACGUAUGGCUAUCAGCCUUGGAUACCCGCAUAUCUAAUACCCUACAGACAAUGAUGGGAUCUGCUGUACAGCAGCACGCGCCUGAGCUCCGCAGCAUGGUCUCUAUAAUUUUCGAUAGACUGCCGCUUCAUGAUCACAGUAUAUCAACUAAGAAUAUAGCAACGCCUGGGCACAGCUCCCUAACCGCAAACUUUGGCGAUUCAAAGCUAUCGGUGCACCAGAGGGAAAUCACCUUGCGGAUAAACUUCUCUUCUGAGGUGUUUCUGAACUUUAUUGCAUCAUACCCGGUCCAGGUUAUCAGCGUUGUUAGACAAUGCGUGACGUGGUUUUUCAUCAAUUACCCGCAAGAGUUUGAGAAUGCGUCGUCCUUUUAUAAGCGCCCAUCCAACACCAGUGCAGGAACAUCGGCCUUGAGUGCGUCGCUUCUCGCUGAUAAGACCAGGGUUAAUCCAGACGACACAAUCAGGGGAGUCCUAAAUCAAAGCAGUCGAUCCAGCAGUGAUCGGGAUGGAGUGCUGUCUAAGCUACAGAUAGUUGAGGCUCUCUUGGAAAUCCAAGAAUACAUCCUGAGCCUUCUUAUCGGAAUUACCAGAAAUAACAUUGUGGCUAUCUCUGGCUCUAAUGGCAAUCAACCUGCCGAUGGCACAGCUUCAGUUGUGCAGCAAAAGACUCCAAAGCGUCCACAAGCCUCUCCACUGAAGGGUCAAUCUUUGCGCAGUCAAUUAGCCAAUAACUCUAUGGACGACUUACUUCGAUCUUCUGCUGCGCAAGCAAGUCCGAUGGCUUCUCUGGCAGGCACCGGCCAGCCAGCUAAGAUAAGCCCAGCAGGUGUGUUCCCCUUGCUAGCAACUGAAUUAUAUAUAAGGGACCUUCUUGAGCGAAAGAGAGACCAGUUGCAGCAGGAUAUGGAUUGUGAGUCUAAUAUGGUGUGUUAUACGUUCAAUGCCUCAGAGGGCAAGAUGUACAUGACGUUAGAGGAAAGCGAGCGAACCGUCUCUUCAGCAAAGUUAGAGAGGCUCAAUGCGUAUCAAAAGAAACCUUAUUAUUAUCUUUUCGACAAUGCUUACGCCGCAUAUUACUACGAGUAUCAUGGGCAGAUCCCUCGACUCAUUAUUUCCCCGACCAUUGACUCAUAUCGCCAAAUAUUUCUUGAUACAAUGCAGCACCUCCUAAAGGGCAAUAGUCUCAUCGGAAAUGCAGGAACCGGGAAGACAGAGAUCUCUAAGGACUUUGCACGCUCGCUGGGCCGGUUCUGUAUAGUCCUGAACUGCACAGAAGCGUUGGAUUACAGCACAGUUGUUAGGAUCUUUAUGGGCAUGGCGGCCACCGGCUCUAUUCUCUGCUUAGACGAGUUCAACCGACUGACUCUUGAAACUCUCUCGGUGAUUUCGAAGCUUAUCGUUUGUAUUCAGCAGGCCAUAAGAAGGAAGGAAAUAUACGUUAACUUGACAGAUGGUAGUGACGCUCUGGCAGGCCACGAGGCUGAAGAAGAUAGGAACCAAGGUUCGCCCGGCGAAGCUGUAGCUUCGACCGCCAUCCGUCUCCGUUCGUCAGCAUCAGUGUUUAUUACAAUGAAUCAAAGCUCGUAUAUCUUUACCAAUCGUAUAGAGCUACCGGGGAACACAAUGGCCCUGUUUAGGCCCCUCAUGAUCAUAAAGCCAGAUAUAGACUAUAUCGCCGCAGGACUAUUUCUAAUGCACGGAUUUGCUACAGCGCAAGACCUGGGCCGCAAGUUUCGUUUCUUUUUCACGAAUCUGGACGCCAUUCUUAUUAGUACAAACAGCAAAGCCAAACCAAAGCAUCGUCCGGCGUCACUUGAUAUUUUGAACACCCAGGAACAGACACCAACGGAAACAUCAAGACAGCUGCAGAGUGACCUUGGAAUGCCUCACAGACCCUCGGAAAAUAUACAGCUUUAUGAUACCAAGGUUAUCGAUCUGUCGCUGAGGACGAUUAAGUCAGUUAUUCUGGCGUCCUCCCACACAUUUAAGCGCUGGCUCUACAUCUUCAGGGAAAAUGCAUACAUCAAGAGUCUAUUAAUAGGUGACAAAGCCAAUUCAAAGCAAUACAAGGAGCAUAUGAUCUUCAUGGGCUAUAUCGAGACCAUCUGCGUAAUUGACAACCUCAUCCGUCUUUUGACACCCUGCCUGGUAGAGCUCGACAAGCACAACUUCAUAGAAAUUGUUGCAGAUGUGUUUGGAAGAGAUAUUGUCAUGUGUUAUAUGGAGAGCGAUAGAUAUGAUCAUCAGGCCACUUGCACGACUAGAGUCGAGGAUCUAUCCGACGCAGUCAUGAACUCAUCGUUUAUGCUUAUCAACAAUAUGGAAGCAGUAGCGAAAUCUAGCUUUGUGAUCACAGACUUGAAUAAGAGGCCGGUUUCUCAGCAAUCUUAUGCUAUCUCUGUCCAACAACCAGGCCAAGCAGCACCAUCUGAUGAUCUUGACGUUGAUAAGUUUAUGAUCAUACGCAAAUCUGAGCUCUCGUUCUUCCAUAUGCUUCUUACUGAUCAAGAAUUAUGGCCUACUGUUUCUGAAGCCGCUUUGAAUUACAAAAGACCUAUGAGCGAACAGCUGUUAGACAGGAAUCGUCAGAGACUAAGUGGUGCAGAAGUAGUGCCCAACUCAUUCGAUUGUCCACAAGAACUAAAUGGCACAGUAAUAGGAUCGGCUGCUCCAACACACGCUGACCAAUUCCAGGGCAAUGCGGUGCAUUAUCGAGUGGCGUCAUCCAUUAUGGCAUCCAAACUUAACAUUGGUCGCAAGCAAAUUACUGCCCUUGCGCAGGCCCAGACUCUGGUCGCCGAGAAUAUCCAGAAGCGGGCAGAAGCUGUUCUUGCUGCUUAUCGCAGCUCGUGUCGUGCAACAGGCCGCAUCGCAUUCAGAUACCAAGGAGAGAAGUACUUCGAGUUGGAGAACCUUCUCUGGAUUCGAACAGGGAUCAUCCUCCUGGGGAGCCGAAACACGUUCAAAACAGUUCUCUGGAGGCUCAUGCUUGAUGAGACCAACGAAUGUACCGUUAUCAAUCCGCGUGCACUCACCACAGAGGGCCUCCUGGGUGGCUAUCAAAACGAAGCAUUCCAAGAUGGGAUUUUCAGCUCGGUGUUACGGAACUAUUGCAUUGCUUCUUAUAACCUCCUUAUGGAAAAGAAGAAGGAGAGGGAAGAGAAGGAGCUCAAGCGGCAAAUUAAGGAGGCAAAGCGUCGAGGCAAGACUUUCCUGAGGCAUCGAGACGUCAGCGUAAGCGAGGAUUUCACUGAAGACGAGCAGUCACAAAUUGAGGCAGACUCUAAGGGCUUUUCUCGCUCCACAGAGCGGCUUAAGUUUAUUGUGCUAGAUGGUCCCAUUGACUCUGCAUACGCAGAGUGUAUGAACUCGCUCUUGGAUGACAACAAAAUGCUCUGCUUGGCCAACGGCGAAAGAAUACGUAUCUCCAAUCACAUAAGGAUAAUCUUCGAAACAACAGACAUCAGCCAUACGUCUCCAUCCACUUUGAGCCGCUGCGGUAUUCUUUCUCUUGAGGAUAGUAUUCAGAACUAUGCACUCUUGUAUCAAGCCAUCCUUGUCUCCUCUCUGCGGGAAUUAUUCGAGCUCGAUUAUUUAGACUUUGCACGCACGUAUUCCUAUAAUUCCGAAAAGAUAAAGUCAUAUUGUCGAAUGAAUAUGGAUUUACAAUCCGUGGAGCUCCUCUUUGACAAAAAAGAUGUGGUUCUCGGGCUCUCCACAACGAAGGUUGCACAUUAUUCCAACGCUGCAAUGACGAACAGAUGUGAUGCCUCUGCGACUAGCGCGUUAGGGCACUCGGAUCUUAGCGCCUUAGGGAUCUCUGGCAGAACAAGUAAGCGAAUGACACGCAAAGAGAGACUGGAGGCUUAUAAGGCACGCUACCCCAACCGUGCUCCGUUGGCAGAUGUAGCUAAUACAGAAUAUUAUGCACGCAAUCCGCUGCAUUUUGAGAAUAACUUCUACGUUAACGUCUUAGAUGUGUAUUCAACAUUAUUCGAUUGUCUCUUUGGCCUUGUGGCAACUAGGGAGCAAAGCUCCACUGAUCACAGUCCCCAAUCGAUGCAUAAAUUUGAUCCUCAAGGGUCUCUCAAUCUCGGAGCCACGACCUCAUCUGCGGAUGAACAUGGAAUUGUCCUAAAUUUGACAUUUUUGUGUUCUAACAUGAGCACGAUUGUCCAGCAAGCCAUUAGGAUAUUGCGUGCCCACCUAUGUGCGUCAUCUUCGCACAUUUAUGAGUUGGUGGCUGCAGAUCCUACGCGAGGCAUGCUCGUUCGGUUGCUUCAAGGGUAUGCGAUUUUCUCAGUUGUGUGGUCGUGUCUUGGGUUAUUUGGGAAGGAUCUUUACGUUCAGAAAAUUGACAAGCAACUCCAGGAAGUCAUACUGGAGCGCAAAUAUUGGGCAGCUGCUUUCCACGUCAAUGGAAUGUCUUCAAAGACAGAGCUAGACACGACACUUGAUCAAUGCUUCUUCGAUCCGUAUCGCCUCAUUCCAGUCUCCUUCGCUGCGUGCAGCAAGUUUGAUCAUCUUAAAAGUUACAACAGUGUGUAUGGCGCGCUUGCUAUGUCGCAAAAUUGCGAUUUGGAACACGGCAUCUUUAAUGUGGAGUUUGAUACAUUGACAUCACGCGUAUUUGUUGAAACCGCUGAUGUGCGCCGUACGCUUUACAUAUGCCUCACAGACCUACUAUACUACGACAAGACUAUUACCCUCAGUAAGCUUCUAUCAAACGUACACGCACAAAGAGAAGAGCAGAACUCUAAAGCACAGAAAAACAGCGAAUCCUUCGGGGGACUUACAAUGCCUUCUGCUCGAGAGCCACUGGGUAAAAAGAACUCCAGCAAACACGGAAGCACUGCCUCUAGCAUGACCAUGAACACUAUCAACCCUGCAAGUAUUGCAGCUCUUGCCGCUAUGACUGGACCUGGGGGGUCACGAGACGUUGGCUUUGCAGCAUCAAGUAGCAACCUUCCAGGAACCAUCCAGCCCGUGACAAACAUCUCUGCCCGUGACCAGCUGCAGAUAUUGCCGGCAAGCAAUAUAUAUCUUCAAAUAUCUGGCUUUGGGGCUGAAGCGGUUGUGGUGAUGCUAACAGCCUUGCUUCAACAGACUGCGAGUGCGCUUCCUAUUCCUUUGCGAUUCUCUGGUGCAAAUAAAACCCUGCAGCAAUUCGUUGAGUACUUUGAAAACUGCUUCAAACGUGAGGAUAAGAUCCUGUCCCCGUCCAACACUAUUGGGGGAACAAAUCUCUUCAUCCUACGCAAUAUGAAUAUGGCGCGUCCCAUAACCAAUAACCUCGGAGCAUUCACUUGUUUCCCGAUCAAUGAGUUUAUCUCCUUCCUCAUGCAAAACAACGGCGUCUACAUUGGAUCAUCGCCCCCAAGCUUCCAUUGUGUUAGGAAUUAUCAGAUUAUCAACGUGGGCCCGCCGUUGCUCUCGAGUAAGUGUAUUGCACACUCCCUCACCGUCUCUUGCAGCGCGUUUACGAAUGUCUCGGCUGUGAUUUCUGCUGUGUUUACCGCUUGGAGCAACGCGUCUCAUAUCAGAAGUUACAUUAAUCCCGUUGUCUUUUCCAUCCUUCCUCUUUUCACCAACGUUAUCUGUUUGUUGCUUGACCAUUCUGAACACAGUAGUUCAGUUGAUUUACAAUUCAGUUAUACAAAACUCUUUGCCUUUUUGCGGAGGUUUUCGUUCACUACCCCGGCCACAUUCAAGAAUAUCCUUUCGACUGCGGACGCUCUUUUAGACCCUAUAAACACAUCUGUCGUUCGGCGUGGUCUCCUACAGAUUCUACUUUCGUGCCUGCGGGCAGAGCUUUACCAAGGAAGAUCCGAUCAAACUAUCAGAACUCUCGACGCUUUUCUUGUUGAUCACGUGAUCAGGCAUCUGUCAGGAACUGUUACCGAGCUUAAACCAUCUGCAGCCAUCCGUGUUCCUGUCAAGCUGCGUCCAGAUGUCAUCCUAAACCAGGAUACUGCAUAUCUUUCAGACAUAGCUGAACUGAGGCAGAGUGGCUUGCAGUUGUCUAAAAUGCAAUUACUGAUGCAACAAUCCUCAUCGGCAAUAGGCGACCAGAAGGUGCCGUUGAUCGAGAUACUUUUACACACGGGAAACUUAGCCUCUUACGACCUAAAUAAUUAUCAAUAUAGACAGGUACUUUCGAUUGGCACAGACUUAAACUCAGAACAGAAUAUGGUUUCAGAACCUUUGCAAUUAGAUGAGCUAUCCAGCAAGGAAGGCGCCGCAAACAACGGGCCAUGCCAUCGUGGAAGCACACUCCAUCCUAUUCUCCAAACAUUCUCCUCUGAACCGGUACACACCAGCCCCUCUUUCCUUGUUACUUGCACAUUUCCCCAUUCAUUUGACAGCAUGAUACUCCCGUCUGUUCCCCUUCCAGAGCCAUGUCCACAUGUGGCAAAUAACGACACGUUUUCGCCUCUUGUUGGUGGAUUGCAGCAGGAGCUGAAGCGCCGCAUGCUAAAGCUGGCCUAUCAUCUAGCCAAGCCUGACUCCCAUUUACUCGUCGUGCACUUGGCAGGGAUUUUUGUUGAACAAGCGGUCAUGGUAGCCAUCGAAGCUCUUCAGAUGAAGCCACGUAUGGUACUGGAUAUUCAAGAGCUUUAUCAGCUUAUCUACGGUAACUGCUGUGUCAUCAACGAAGAUCCCACAUGCCUUAUUCUAUCUCCAAUUGUCGUCCAGCCAGCUCUUCCGUUUAUAGAACAAUUGCUGGAUGACCCUCAUUUUCUGGCUAUAAACAACUACCACCUCGUUAUCUUGGCCGAGCCGAGUCUUUAUCAGAGCAUGAGAACCACCUACCCAGGAGUUAUUAAACGCUGUACAGUAGAAGUCCCAGGUACUUGGCCGAUGGUCGAGAUAUGUAUCUCUGCUGUCAAGCUUCUCCCACUCGAUGUAGCAAAGGUGUUUUGCAUGUCAGCCGAUGGGCUGAUCCCGAUCCACAAGCUCAAUGAGAGCAACAUCGAUCAGACCAUGCUCCACCGCUUUGCCCAAGUCUUUUCUUCGAUAGCAGAAGUUUAUAGAAUCAAGCUGGGAAGCGAGCAUCUUAUUAAAACCCCGAUAGUCUUUGCGCGGUUCCUUCGUACAUAUUACAAGAUGUUCAGUGACCGAAAGCUCAAAUUGGUGGAGCAAGAGGCACGUUUGGAGAAGGGACUAGAGCUCUUUGCACAGAGCUCUGCCCAGGCCAGCGAACUAGAGAUGCAGCUUGAGAAGCUCCAACCACAGCUUGAACAACAAAAGCAAAAGGUAGCAUCCAUUUUAGCGGAACUUUCCGCAAAGAAGCUACUGGCACAGGAGCAGCACGCAGUCGUCAGCUCUGAGAAAAUGGCCCUUACUAUAGAAGACAAGUCCAUCACUGUGGAGAUGACGCAGGCCAAGAAGGAGCUUAACAGAGUUCUCCCUAUGUUGCAGAAGGCUGAUGAGGCUCUUCAGAAUCUUAACAGACAAGAUAUUGCAGAGCUGAGUACAUUUACAAAUCCACAUCCACUUGUGGUUCUCGUUAUGAACGCUCUUUGCGCUCUUAUGGACCAGCCGACAAACUGGGCGUCAGCUAGGCAACUCCUAUCCUCUGGAAACCUCAUUUCCUCGCUUCUUGCAUAUGACAAAAAAACAAUCAAUCCAAAGAUCCUUGCCAAAUUCAGAGCCAUUACAGCAACGCCAGACUUUAACCCUGCCAAAAUAUCAUCCAUCUCGACUGCCGCCACUACAAUUUGCAGCUGGUGCCUUGCAGUGGUGGAAUACGCCACUGCGUGGGACAAUGUUAAGCCGAAGAUAGCCCGCUUGGAGAAGGCUCGCCAAGAGUAUAUUGUCAACAAACAGAACAUGGAGAUCAAGGAGGCCGAACUGGAGGAGCUCCAGGCCCUGUUACAAGAGCUUACGGUAGAAGCAGAUAGGAACAAAGCUAUCGAGCAGGAGCUCGAGUCUCAGAUACGGACGGCAGAAGGACGCUACAAACUAGUCAAGAGUAUUAAGACACUUUUGGAAGUGGAGCACGAGACAUGGGAAGAGUCACUCACUGAGAUCAGGACAGAACAUUCAAGCUUAGCGACCACAGUAACAGAAUCUGUUAAGUUUAUGUUCGUUACUCUUUUAGGUGCAGCAAGCUCCUUCAGAGCCGAAGUUAGAACGGACUCCAAGAUGUGUCUUAGCCCCAGUGAGAACGCCCGCUCUUCAACGUCUCUAGAUGAGUGUGUGGAUAUGGGCCUAGUAAGACUGCACAACGAUGAGGAGCUCUGUAUGUGGAGGCAGCAUUGCUUGCCAUCUGACAACGCUACUACAGAGUCAAUGGGUUGCUUAAUGAACUCUGUGGACACUCCAUACAUAUUUGACCCUGAGUCAGUAGCAGAGACUUUUCUAAGCAACCUCCCCAACAUCGUUUGUGUUAAGUACUCCCCGGAAGAGCAGGCGACAGUGCUCAAGAAGCUUGUCGAUGCUGGAAUUCGCGGAAAAGUUUGCUUAGUGACAAACAUGGGGUCUGAGAUUCCGUCAUUUAUAAUGGAGGUGCUGAAGCAGAUCUCAUGGGAUGCGCGCCUAUUAUUCUGUGAUGCAACCUCAGACCAUGAAGAGAACGAGUUGACUACGCAGCAAACGCAGAGUAAGCGCGACUUGGAGGUUGCACGCAAAAACCUAUUCUUGCAGAUGAACGACAUCCCUUUACCUCAAGAUAGCGAGAACCCUGAAAAGGAGGAUGCGCUUCCUAACACACCGGUGAUUCCAAGGACCCCUAGCUACACACUAGGAAUGUUGAAACAGGUGGUUAGCUCGACACCAGAAAGACGCAAAGUCAAGAUCAUCCGAACACCGCGAACAACCAGUGGAACGGCGGCGACAACUCCACGGACACAACUCAGUGCAACAAGCACCCCUAGAUUCAAUCCAUACAACGAUGAUUUAGCAGUGACACUGACUCAUGAUGCUCUGGACCCGGGCGUACAGGCCGUCAUGGAGCAUAGCUUAGUCGUAAAGAUACAUGGAUACGAUUAUCUCUUCAGCAAAUCGUUCAACAUAAUCCUUCUUAGCAACGACUUCUCAAUUAUUUCUCAGCUUUCUCCAGAGAUAAUCGCCAAUUUCCAGAUUGUUUCAUUUGCUAAGUCUCGCGCGGCAAUGGAGGAUCAUCUAAUAUCAGUUAUGAUAAAGAGCAUCAACCCCAAGAUAGAGCGCAGCUAUCUAAAUGCCGUUGUUGAAGCGUCAAUCGCAAAGUCUUCUCUUAAAAUCCUCGAGCUACAAGUACUUAAUACUCUUAUGAACAGCAGUCUUGAACAGGCACUUUCUGAUGAGCUCUUGGGAAGCCUUCACGGGGCCUCGAUGCAAAAGGCUUCUAUCAAGCGACGCCUGACCUUCAUCACGAAGAUGCACCGCAAAAUAUUGCAGAUGCGUGAUACACAUAGAAACGCUGCGGUAAUAUGCACGUCGAUCUUCUUGGGACUCCGGCAGCUUCUGAAGCUCAGCCUACAAACAUACAGUCACGUGGUGGCGAGGAUAAUAAUCUGCAAUAACGACAUGAGCCAGAAUUUUGCAUCGAAUGCAGCAUACGCCCAUCUUCUCAAUUUGUCCACAGCAAUUCAGGUCAACUCUCCUUACAUGAGCAACCAAAACACCCCGAACCUUCAGAUGAGUUCCUUGAUAUCUUCUUUUACAGGGGCUCAAAGUCCUCUUAAUCUAAGUGUCAACAUAUCAACCUCUCGCUCGAAGGUAGCACUACCCGAGACGUAUGGGGCUACAGGAGACAGGCGCAUGGGGACCUCUACCCUUGCAAUAACUCGUGUUGCCGAGAGCGCAGAUGACGAUGCGACAGGGAGCUCUGAAAAGGAAGCACAGGAAGAAGAUAACUGCAGCUUUGAGGACUUGAUUGCCAGUAGGGUUAACUUUGAGAAAACACAGGAAUUAAUGGAGGAGAAGGAGAUGGCAGAUCUGACCGUUGAAUUGGAACAGUUGAAUCACAAUCGCAUCAGUCAUGACAAUAACGAGUAUAUCGAGACAAUUAUCGCCCUAUUUAUACUUGCAUUUGACGAAUCUUCGGCAAUGGCGUUUCUCUAUCACAUCUUUACAUAUCUCGAUACGGAGCGGGUUAGCGAUCCCCUUCUGUGGAUAAUGACAAAAUGCCUCAUUAUCUCGGGCCAUGACUAUGCACGAAUCGUCGGACACCCGUCUAUUUUGAGUCAGCAAGAGAAGGGCGCUGAAGGAGCUAAGGUUAAUAUUGAUAACAGCCUAGAUAUAACUAUCAUUCAGGAGAGCUUCUUUAACGUAGAAAAGCUUUAUGUACGGAACAGCUCUCAGUUGGAGAGCAUGCCCCUUUCAUCUGACAUGAGAAAGGCGUUCGCAGGCCCCGGAGAGAACUCUAUGAAGAUUUCCGCAACUGAGAUUUUGCAAAGACGCAAUCAUGCAGCCAAUCUUAUUUCUGGUCUAUUUUGUAUUGGAAGAGAUCAUACUCAUACUGAGGGCGACCUUGAAGGGCUUCUUCCUAACCUAAGCUCUGAGGCGGCUAAAGGCUCUGUAGGACUGAAGUACUGUCUGAACACGAAUAACGAAGCUACCCAAGCAAACGAAGUCGAUCGCUUAGACAUUUUUGCAAAUGCUCCGUACGUGCCAUAUCAUCCCGGGCUUCAGCAGAACAUCAUUUUCUCUGUAAUAUAUCACUGGAACGUUUGGCAACGAUGCAUGAGUGUUACAUCCUCUGACAAGGUAAUUGCAUCAUUUACGGACCUCAUGAAGACCUUCAUGUUAUCUGACAUAUUUACAGACAACGAUACUGUCGUGCGCUUCGAGGAUCACUUGCUCCUGCUCUUCAUCAAACACUUCAGGCCCGCAUUCCUGCGGAUUGCCGUCAACAAUUAUAUUGUGAGAAGCAUAAAGCGUUAUAACAUCCGUUUGUCUGCAGUGCAGAGACUCAACUUUGGAUCUGUUCUCAAUAUCAGCGAUAGCCAGCUGCCUAUUCUCUUCAAUCACUCUUCGUCCGUAGAUGCAGUUCGCUUUAUUUCGCAAUUCUUACCACAAGAGAGCUACCAGUUGAUGCAGGCUAGCACAGCCGCUCGCGAGGCCAUUGUGAAAGCAAAGAAGAGCGUUAUGCUUAAGAGUCAUGUGGAGAACUAUGCCGAUGACAAUCCAAUCAUAGAGCUGAAGGUUUUGCCACUUAGCAAAGGAACGGAGAAGAUGGCCCUGAGCGCUCUCUCGCAGCACAUCGGCUCCCCCGUUUGGCUAGUUCUUCAGAAUGCACACCUCGUUCCUGAUUUUGUCAACAACGAUCUGCGCAGACAUUAUGCGGCGUUAACGGCCAAUAGCUACCGAAUGGACGUGGGCGAUGGCUCUAUCUUUGAGGCGUCAGCAAUAGAUCAAUCUACAACAUCCAUGAACAUGUCUGCUAUAGACGUCAAUCAGGAUCCUAUUGGUGCCACUGCUCCGUUACGUGGAGGGCCCAUGCCACCGGGCGUCACUGCUACUCCACUUCUGCGCACAAUGGCCGCAACGCUCCUUCAGACAGGGAUUCCUGACUUCAAGCCAGUGUCUAGGCAUUUUAAAUUAAUUGUUACAGCGGAGGGAGACGCAUCCAGUUUAUCUUCCUUUGCCCAGGCCUGCAUCUCCUUUAAACGAAGUUCAGAUGUCAGCUUUUCAAGCGUCUAUAAGAGAACGAUGGAACUGUCUCAGAAGUAUCUGGCUGAGUUUAAGGAUGUACACAACUUUGAUAUUGAGCAGUACAAAGAGGAGCACAUGCAAACAACGAUAGGGUUAACAGACAUCAGCACGCUAUUUAUCAAGAACUCCUAUGCCAUAGCUGCGAUCAUAAGUCGCUGUUCCUUUGGCACGCACGGCUGGACAUCUGUAUACAGCUCGUUUGACGAGAGCGACUUGGAAUCUGUUCUGAUUACGUUCUUCCGAAUUCUUGCUCACGAACUAGUUUUUAACGACAAUUGUCUUGUUCUGUACAAUAGAUUGGUUGAGAAUAUCAUUGAUAAAUACGGUGCGAAAAUGGGCACUCAGCAUGACCGUACUGUAUUGAAAUACUUAACGGAGUUUGUAUUUGGAUAUAGCUCAAGGCAUGUUCGUGCUGAAGUAGGUACUAUGCUCUUACAGGACCCGGCGCAGCUCUAUAACAGAGGUGAAUUUGAUACUGCAGCAAUGAAGAAGAUGAUCAGCAACGCUAUUCUUAGUGUAGAUAUAAAUACGGUUAGAGACAAUCCGCGCCACUUAGGGCUUGCUGAUCCAGAAAGGAUUUAUCUUUACCAGCGAGAGGGGCAGCAGAUACUAGAGUUUUUAGACUCAACCUUAGGAUCUGGGGUCAUGUACUCUGUUGCAAAAUCUAUUUCUUACAACGUUAGAUUGAUUCACUAUGACCGUCGUAAGCUGGCUUUGUCGUUGCCUACCGAGAUUAAUACCAAGAUAGAUGCUAAUGAGAAGUCCUGUCCCUUGAUGUUCUUUAUGUACCAGGAAAUAAUGUUCUACAAUCGCAUGGUUAAAGACUUGGUGGACUAUAUCCGGUACGCUAGAUAUGACGUCAUCCCGGACUAUAUCCUUCAAUUCAUGAUUCAGCGCCACGUGGACAAUCUCUUCAAGCUGAUCAAUCACCUUGUCCGAGCGCGAUCAUACUAUAACGAUGCCAUGAUUGACCGGAAUUAUAUGAACAUUGACAUCUCGUUGACCUUCCGGCCGUCUGCCCUGUUCACUGCAUUCCGUGCCCAGGCCUGCUACAUCACUGGUGGGACCGUAGAUCAAUACACAUUGGCGUAUGAUAUAGUCCCGUACGCAAACCUACGUCAACGGGACAACGUUCAGAUAUCCGGUCUGAAACUUAAGUCUGCAUACGUUGACCUCAGCAUUGGAAAGGUAAGCAGCCAAAGCGUGACGAGCAUAUACAAUCCACUGCCUGCAAUGCGCGUUCUUGCGCAGAGGAUAUACAAGAAAAAGUCUGUUAUCAUAAGCUUGGGGAAUUUUUCAUCGACUAUAUAUGCCUCUGAGCAAGCUAGGAGAAACAUGAAUGAUUCCUUUAUGAAAACAGAGCAAAGCAUGACACUCUCUGGGACGGAUGACUCAGCUCCGAUGGUUGGGCUUCCUGGAGAUAGUAACUCAGCCGUCGGCGCUCCUAAUGAGCGUGCUAACAAGGCUCGCCCAAUGUCUGGCAGACCGUGCAUAGCGACGCCAAAUACAAAGUCUGUGCAGAAUAGCAAGCCAAUUACACCCGCUGUUCCCACUCCCCCCCCCGAGAUUCAGGAAACCCAUGCAGAUUCGAACGUAAUGGCAAACACACCUAAAAUACAGCAAUCUACGCAGCCAAAAGCCCGCUUGAACAGAUUAGGAAUUAAGCUAACCUUAGAUUUAGGUACUCGGUCUAACUCUCGAAGGAGCGUGAAUGCCAGCAGCAAUGAGGAAUCCCGAGACACCACACCACGUGACGACCUGAGAAAGCAGCCUGGUGUCACAUCUGUGUCGUCCGUAACAGAGUCUUCGUCCGAGACAGACUUCGUGGAGGCAAGGCCGCUCAAUGUGGUGGAGCUCAAUGUUCUGAAGAAGUACGAUGGGCUGCGAGCCAAGAACAUCUUCGACCGGCGACUAGUGUACUUCUCUAAUAAAAACUACUCUGGUUAUUAUGAGGCAUCCCCACAGGUGAUUGAGUGUCCAAUCUUCGUAGACAUUUAUAGUAAGGAGAUGGGGUCCAUAUCAUCUGUCUUUCUUCCAUGUUCCGAGGAAAUAGAGAAAAUUACAGCAGGGGAUAUUUUCAUUGUUAUACACGAAGACUAG